AUGGCGAUGGGCAAAGGUUUUCGCGUUUAUGAGAAAUUAAAGCCUCCUAGUCCACACUCUCUCAUUUUGGAGCAACGAAAUCGUAAAGAUACCGUCCUCUUUGAAUCACAGGCAGUGGCUGUUCUCUCUGCACAAGAAACAGAAUCCCUAAAGGCACAAUAUACAAAAUUAUUGGAUGCUUAUGGCUGUCUAGGAGUACUUCAGCUGAAUGCUGGGGAGAAUACUCUUCUAUAUCUUGUCCUCGUCACUGGUUGUUUCUCUGUUGGAAAAAUUGGAGAAUCUGAAAUCUUCCGAAUAACCCAGACACACUUUGUUCCAUUGCAUUAUACACAGAGUAACGAAGAUAGAGUGUCUGAGGUCAGAAAAGUCCUCAAUUCUGGCACUUUUUAUUUUGUAUGGUCUGCUGGUCAGCAGGAAGCUCUUGAUAUUACUCUAAGUGCUCAAAGACAAUGUAAAUCUAACACAACGGAUAAUAGAUUUUUUUGGAAUCGAAUGCUACACAUUCACUUACUAAGAUAUGGUGUCAAUACAAGUCACUGGCUACUGAAAGCAAUGUGUGGUAGCAUAGAAAUCCGUACUGUCUAUGUUGGACACAGACAAGCUCGUGCAGUAGUUGUCUCCAGGUUGAGUUGUGAAAGGGCAGGCACCAGGUUCAAUGUAAGAGGCAGCAAUGAUGAUGGUCAUGUAGCCAAUUUUGUAGAGACCGAACAAGUAAUCUACCUAGACAAUGAAGUAACAUCCUAUGUACAGACAAGGGGGUCGGUGCCUUUGUUUUGGGAACAACCAGGAGUUCAAGUUGGCUCUCACAAGGUCAAGAUAUCCCGGGGCUUUGAAACAUCGGCACCGGCUUUCGAUCGUCAUCUUACAAUGAUCAAAAAGAGAUACGGUCAGCAAGUGAUCGUCAAUCUACUUGGCUCGAGUCUCAUUGGAAACAAAGAAGGCGAAGCGAUGCUUAGUCAAUUAUUUCAAACUCAUCACAAUCUGUCUCAACAUAAGGACGUUCCCCAUAUAUUAUUUGACUAUCACCAGGAAUGUCGUGGAGGCAACACAAAGAAUCUCUCCAAAUUGAAAGCUAAGGUGGAAAAGUAUCUGGAAUCAUUUUCCUUGUUCUACGCAAUUGGUAAUAACGUGAUUCAUGAGCAAAAGGGUACAUUAAGAACAAAUUGUCUAGAUUGCUUAGACAGAACGAAUUGCGUGCAAACAUUUUUCGCCCUGGAAAUUCUUGGUAAACAAUUAGCACUAUUAAAGCUUUUAGAAAAGCAACAAAUGGUAUCCAGAUUCGAAGAAGUCUUUCGUCAAAUGUGGAUAAACAAUGGCAACGAAGUUAGCAAAAUUUAUGCUGGCACUGGUGCUAUACAAGGCAGUUCGAAACUUAUGGAUGGAGCCAGAUCUGCUGCUAGAACAAUACAAAAUAAUCUUCUUGAUUCAAGUAAACAAGAAGCUAUUGAUAUAUUAUUGUUGGGUUCAACUUUAAAUACGGAAUUGGCUGACAGAGCACGAUUACUUCUACCAUCCAAUAUGUUACACGCUCCACCCAGUGUUUUAAGGGAAAUGUGUAAAAGAUAUAAUGAAUACGUAAUGACUAUGAAUCUCAGAGUCAGCGUUGGCACAUAUAAUGUUAAUGGCGGAAAACAUUUUAGGAGUGUUGUGUAUAAAGAAGUAUCUCUCACCGAUUGGUUACUUGAUGCUCCACGCAAAUUCUCAUCAUUAGUCACUGUGGAACACGAUAAUGUUCCUGUGGAUAUAUUUGCUAUUGGCUUUGAGGAAAUCGUUGAUCUGAAUGCCAGCAAUAUUAUGGCAGCCAGUUCGGAUAAUGCAAAGGCUUGGGCUGAAGAGUUACAAAAAGUAUUAUCGAGAGACCACGAAUACGUUCUGGUCAACUAUCAGCAGCUAGUCGGUGUAUGUCUUUACCUUUUUAUACGACCGAAGCACGCACCGUACUUAAGGGAUGUCGCGGUAGAUUGCGUAAAGACAGGAUUGGGUGGUGCGACUGGUAAUAAAGGCGCAGCUGCAAUCAGAUGCGUCUUAUACUCAACGUCUUUCUGCUUCGUUUGCGCUCAUUUUGCUGCCGGGCAAUCGCAGGUCAGCGAGCGGAACGCUGAUUACGCGGAAAUCACAAGAAAAGUAACCUUCCCCAUGGGAAGAACCUUGAAUACUCACGAUUAUGUCUUCUGGUGCGGAGACUUUAACUACAGGGUUGACAUGGAUAAGGACGACAUGAAAGAAAUGAUUAGACGCAAUGAAUUUGAUCAGAUUUUACAUUAUGAUCAGUUACGGACGCAGCAGGAGCAAGGCAACGUCUUCAAGAACUUCCUAGAAGGCCCUAUUAAUUUCCCACCUACAUAUAAGUAUGAUCUCUUCUCGGAUGAUUAUGAUACUAGCGAGAAAUGCCGUCAGCCAGCUUGGACUGAUAGAGUACUGUGGAAGAGGCGAAAGCAGAUACCGGAUAUAGAUUCUCCAACUGAUUGGAAUCCCGGUCGUCUGGUGUAUUACGGUAGAGCUGAAUUAAAGCAGAGCGAUCACAGACCAGUAAUCGCCCUAAUUGACAUAGAUGUUUAUCGCGUGGAUCCUGAGAAGCGGGAACACGUCUUCCGGGAAGUUAUUCAAGAUCUAGGACCUCCGGAUGGUACCAUAAUAGUCAGAGCCGUAGAAGAGAAUGACGAUAUUGACAGCGUUUUCGACGACAGCUUCAUGAUGGCUCUCCUCCAGGACUUGUCUCACAUUGGCGAAGUGAUUCUCGUGAGAUUCGUAGGGGAAACUAUCUGGGUAACCUUCCGGGAUGGUCAGAGCGCCCUUGCCGCAGUACGCAAAGGGAUGACCCAGGUCUGCGGUCAGACCCUAAAGUUGAGUUUGAAGUCGCCAAACUGGGUACAACUUAUUGAGAAAGAGAUAGAGAUUUGUAGCAAUACAACAGUUCCUCAGUGUGACGAUAGUCCAUCAUCUAGUCCAGUUCAAGGAUUUGAUCAACUGGGAAUAUCAGAAAGACCACCUACAGGAAGAUCUAGUCCAAAUGGCAGUAUCCCACCACCGAGACCAGCACCACCAAGUCGACCUGCGCAACCUUCUAGAAGUCCGGGACAGGAAAGACGUCAUGUAACUCGUGCGGGAGUCUUUAGUGUCGUGCCAAGUCAGUUCCCAAUACCCACACCCAGGUCGAAUUCCGAAGACGAACAACCUGAGAGAGCUUCACCAGAUUCUGCAAUCUACGAGGAAAUACAAGAUAACUCUCCUAAUUAUCCUGUGCCAAAUAGACCACCUCCUCCAUUACCCAGGAUGGAUAGUCCAUCAGAAUCAUCCAAUAGACCACCACCAAGUUCUGUACCACCUCCAUUGCCACAGAGACAAGUUCCUCUACCUCCUCCGCAACAUCCUCCACCAAGUUUACCACCUCAGAAUGCUCCACCUCCGGUACCAGCUAGAACCACAGGUGGUCCUCCUAUACCAGCUAGAAAUCCUCAUUAAAAUUAAUCAUAGUAUUCUCUCUAGCCAUUCUUAGCCAGUUAUUAUUUACCGUUGAACAAAUUGCAAUCGUGACACAGAUUGUAGGCUGCUUCCAAAUUUAAUUUUACAUAUAAUUUGUGAAAGAAUAGUACCGAAAAAUUUGUUUUGCGAACAGUCAUGUCAUAUUACCACUCUCGGAAUACGAUAGAAUAUACACAACAAAAGUGAUGUAAUCGCAAUAGAAUUUUUGUCGGGCCAGAUGACAAUACUGUGUUCUAUUCAAUACCGAACAAUUGUAUGAAACGAGCUAUUGGUGUGUUUCGAUAACGGACGAUACUCGUUCGCAACAACACACGUAAUGGCCAAUUAGGUGCAGCUUCUUUUGAGCUCAAGAAUUAAGUUUCUUUAUUAUAUAAUAGUUUCUCCCAAAUGCACUUAAUACUGAUUUAGGUAUAACAUUUAGCCACUGUUCUCAAUGCGUCGAGCGUAUGUAAUUAAUUAGAAUAAUCAGCAAGAGUAGAUCGUGUCGAAAUUCAUAUAGGAAUUUCAAUAAAAUAAAAUCGCUUUGCCUUGGCGCCGAUUGAUAUUUGUUAGAAUAGAGAUCAUUAGACACGUAGGCAAUGAUGCCCAUCAGUAUUCUUACGAUCUAUACACUUAAUAUUGCAUGUAUACAAUUGUUGACCAAUCGUUGUACUUUUGUGUUUGUAGUCUGUAUCGGUUGUUGUACAUGAUGAUGACGACGACUAUAAGGUACUAUGAGAAAUUUAUUAAUGUUACUCGUUAAAACUUAUAGCCGUAGAAGGGCGAGUGAUUCGUACUGAAAAUAUUAUUGUAUUUAUUUUCUAGUUUAGUGCGCUAAAUCAGUGUAUAUACCGUUUGUCGUAGACGUAACUGUAUGUACAACGAAGAAAUGUAUUCGAUCGAUUCCCGAAAAACCCCAGAGAUAUCACCUAUUCAAUUAGAUAGAUGAAUUAUAUCUGAAACGUGCAAGCGACGUGAGAUCUUUUUAAAAUAGCGCGGGCUGAUGUGAUACGUAUCAUAAAACUGAUAAGACGUUGUUAGUUUGGACGUAAAGUAUUAACGUUCGUCGAAAUCAUUGCUCUUAUUUUUCAUUAACAUUCCGUUAAUCUACAAAUUAUUGCGAAUUGGUGACGUGCCCGAGCUCCUUCGUAGCUAAAAUUUAAAAAAACUUGGCAGCUCCUGUACUCUUCUGUAACUGUCUGUAUCCUCGAAAUAUACAUUAUAUUCUAUA